AUGGCGGGCGUUACCAACAUGCCAUCAACGCCGCCGCAAUACCUCAAACAAGUUCGCCUCGUUCUGGGCGUUGACAAAAGAGAUGAUGAGAUAACAUUAAAAAUGACGAGCGAGAAGAUCGGCCUGCGGAUGCCCAAACUCGCCGUCUUGGGCCGUUCCCUGAAGCCCUGGACUGAUAUCAAAGAGCGGUCCACUCCUCUAUUCGAAUCAAACCUCGGAUUCACGACCUACCGGCAGAAGCAAGUUCUCAUCCAGUGGAAAACCGUCGAUAGCACCCAAUGGGAACGUUACAUCAACCAAAUGAAAUGUCUGGCCGUCUUCUUCACCUCCCUCUCUACCUCGGACAAAUCCUUCCGCUCGCGUCACGGAAUCGUCUACAGCAUGCCUGAAGAACUCGGAUCACCACAAUGA